GAUGGGCUGGUGAAGACCAACAUGGAGAAGCUGACAUUUUACGCCCUGUCUGCCCCGGAGAAGCUGGAUCGCAUUGGUGCCUACCUCUCCGAGCGGCUCAUCCGAGAUGUGAGCCGGCACCGAUAUGGGUAUGUGUGCAUUGCCAUGGAGGCCCUGGAUCAGCUCCUCAUGGCCUGCCACUGCCAGAGCAUCAACCUCUUCGUAGAGAGCUUCCUGAAGAUGGUAGCAAAGCUGCUGGAGUCAGAGAAGCCCAACCUGCAGAUCCUGGGGACCAACUCGUUUGUGAAGUUUGCCAACAUCGAGGAGGACACCCCAUCUUAUCACCGGAGCUACGACUUCUUUGUCUCCCGCUUCAGUGAGAUGUGCCACUCCAGCCAUGACGACCUCGACAUCCGGACGAAGAUCCGGAUGUCUGGCAUUAAAGGCCUGCAAGGGGUGGUGAGGAAGACGGUGAAUGAUGAGCUCCAAGCCAAUAUCUGGGACCCGCAGCACAUGGACAAAAUCGUGCCCUCGCUGCUCUUCAACUUACAGCACGUGGAGGAGGCCGAAAGCCGCUCCCCCUCCCCGCUGCAAGCCACCGAGAAGGAGAAGGAGAGUCCUACGGAGCUGGCGGAGAGGUGUCUGCGGGAGCUGCUGGGCCGAGCAGCAUACGGCAACAUCAAGAACGCCAUCAAACCCGUCCUCAUCCACCUGGAUAACCACUCGCUCUGGGAGCCAAAGAUCUUUGCCACCUGCUGCUUCAGGAUCAUCAUGUACUCAAUCCAGCCGCAGCACUCCCAUCUCGUGAUCCAGCAGCUCCUGGGGCACCUGGAUGCCAACAGCAAGAGCGCAGCCACCAUUCGCGCGGGCAUCGUGGAGGUUCUUUCAGAGGCAGCGGUGAUCGCAGCCUCCGGAUCUGUUGGCCCCACGGUACUGGAGGUGUUUAACACCCUGCUGAGGCAGCUGCGGCUCAGCAUUGACUAUGCGCUGACGGGGAGCUACGACUGCGCUGCCGGCGUCAGCACCAAGAUCAUUAAGGAGCACGAGGAGAGGAUGUUCCAGGAGGCCGUCAUUAAAACCAUAGGGUCCUUCGCCAGCACGCUGCCCACCUACCAGCAGUCUGAGGUGAUGGUCUUCAUCAUGAACAAGGUGCCGCUACCCUCCUCGCAGCAGUCCAUCGAGGCUGGCAAAGCCGGGGAGAACCGGAAUCGGCUGACACAGAUAAUGCUCCUGAAGUCCCUCCUCCAGGUCUCUGUGGGCUUCCAGUGCAGUAACAUGCUUACGGCACUUCCCAGCGCCUUCCUGGACAGGCUGCUUUCCGCAGCCCUCAUGGAGGAUGCUGAGAUCCGUCUCUUUGUCCUUGAGAUCCUCAUCAGCUUCAUUGAUCGCCACGGGAACCGGCAGAAAUUCUCCACCAUCAGCACCAUCAGCGACAUCUCGGUCCUGAAGCUGAAAGUGGACAAAUGCUCACGCCAAGAUACUGUCUUCAUGAAGAAGCAUGGUCAGCAGCUCUACCGGCACAUCUACCUGAUAUGCAAGGAGGAGACCAACGUGCAGGCUCACUACGAGGCUCUCUACAGCAUGCUGAUGCUCAUCAGCAUCGAGCUGGCUAACGAGGAGGUCAUGGUGGACCUCAUCCGCCUGGUCCUGGCAGUGCAGGAGAUUGCCCAGAUCAACGAGGAUAACUUGUCAGCGUACAACCGCUGCGCGCUCUUCGCCCUUGGUGCAGCUUACCUGAACCUCAUCAGCCAGCUCACCACCGUGCCUACCUUCUGCCAGCACAUCCACGAGGUCAUCCAGAUGCGGCAGAAGGAAGCUCCCUAUCUGCUCCCUGAAGAUGUGUUUGUGGAGAGACCCAGGUUGAGCAAGAGCCUUGACCGCCUGGGCCCAGAGGUCUUCUUCUGGCAGAGCAAGAUCAGCGAGGUGUUGGGUGGCAGUGGCUACAACUCGGACCGGCUCAGCACACCCUACAUCCCCCAGCUGACGGAUGAAGAUCGCUUGUCCAAGAGGAAGAGCAUUGGUGAGACCAUUUCUCUGCAGGUCGAGGUGGAGUCGAGAAAUAGUCCUGAGCGAGAGCAGGUACCGUCACCAGCGGAAGAAAUCACGUACGAGACGCUGAAGAAGGCGAUAGACAGCGUUGCCGUGGAGGAGCAGGAGCGGGAGCGGAGGCGGCAAGUGGUGGAGAAAUUUCAGAAGGCCCCGUUCGAGGAGAUCGCCGCUCACUGCGGUGCCCGGGCGACACUGCUGCAGAGCAAGCUCAACCAGAUCUUUGAGAUCACCAUACGGCCACCGCCAAGCCCCUCCGGCACCAUCACAGCUGCCUACGGCCAGCCCCAAAAUCAUUCCAUCCCGGUGUACGAGAUGAAGUUCCCAGACCUGUGUGUGUACUGAGGGCGGCCGUGCUGGUAGGGCAGAGCCACCGCCGCACAGCUGGCACCAGAGGACCUCUUGGGGAGAGUGCUGACCCUGUGGCGAGCGCAUCCUCGUGCACGACGGGUGGGGACAUGGACACCAAGGCCACCCCAA